UGUCAUUUUAUUUUUUUAAAUUUAUUAAUCAAUAAUAUUUUCAAGGGAGACUGGAUUUAGCUCCAAGAAAUCUGAAGAGACAAAAAAGGAAAAUAAGAAAAAAAACAAACUUGAUUUGGCGGUUUCAGAUUCAACAAACUCGAUUCAAGAGAAGAAAGAAGAAGCAGUGUGUUCCGACAGUUUUUUCUGGGAAGAAUGGGUUGUUGAUCUUCAUUUCCAGAUUCAGUUUUUCUUUGUAAUUAGCGCGAUUAAGGGAGAGACGGAGGGAGUCCAUGGCUGCUGCAUCGAACGCUGGAGCCCAAUCGUUUAGUCAGACCGAGAUUAACUGGGACAAGCUUGACAAAACUAAAUUUUAUGUCGUAGGAGCUGGUCUCUUUACAGGAAUUACGGUUGCAUUGUACCCUGUUAGUGUUGUGAAAACCAGGCUACAAGUUGCUUCAAAGGAUGCUGUUGAAAGAAAUGCAUUUUCUAUUGCCCGUGGCUUACUAAGAAGAGAUGGGAUUCCUGGACUUUACAAAGGCUUUGGCACAGUGAUCACUGGUGCGGUUCCUGCCAGGAUAAUAUUUCUUACUGCUUUAGAGACCACGAAAAUUGGAGCCUUCAAGUUGGUGGAACCAAUAAAAUUUUCAGAGCCAACUAAGGCAGCUAUAGCAAAUGGCAUAGCUGGCAUGACCGCUUCUCUUUUCUCACAGGCUGUCUUUGUUCCAAUUGAUGUGAUUAGUCAAAAGUUGAUGGUACAAGGAUACUCAGGCCAAGCAAACUAUAAUGGUGGUUUGGAUGUUGCUCGUAAGAUUGUGAAGGCUGAUGGCAUCCGGGGAUUGUACAGGGGAUUUGGUCUUUCCGUUAUGACUUAUUCCCCCUCCAGUGCUGUUUGGUGGGCAAGUUAUGGUUCAAGUCAGCGCUUGAUCUGGAGUUUUUUGGGCCAUGGGUCUGAUUCUUCAGUAGUUCCUGAUGAAAGAAAAAUAAUUUUAGUUCAAGCUACUGGAGGAAUUAUUGCUGGCGCAACAGCAUCCUGCAUAACGACCCCACUGGACACUAUCAAGACACGGUUGCAGGUGAUUGGACACGACAAAGGACAAAAUGCAAGGCAAGUGAUUAAAAGCUUGAUUCACGAUGAGGGCUGGAAAGGAUUUUACAGAGGGCUGGGUCCAAGAUUUUUCAGCAUGUCGAUGUGGGGAACUUCAAUGAUCCUGACUUAUGAAUAUCUAAAGCGCUUGUGUUCAAAAGAAUGAUAUAUGCGAGUGCGAGGUUAGCUUCUAGCUGUGUGUGCAAGGGGCACAGAUAUUUGGUUCUUUUAACUAGGUUGGAUCAAACAUCUUUAGUGGGAUACUACUACGAUGGUUAUUUUGGAGAUUCAUUCUAGGAUUCAUAUUGCAAACACACUUCCAGGACCAGGAAUGCUGGUUUUGAAGCCUCUGGUUAUAUUUCGGAAGCCCAUAAUAUGAUUUUCAUAUUUGGUCUACUUACUCAUUUUUUGGGAAGGACUUGGAGGUCAUUGCCAAUUUUCUUUAAUAGUUAAAGUUACUUCAUUUUGCACACUAUCAAUUAAAUUUUUGCUCUCCUACAGCAAGUGUAUAUCAACUAAGCAACGAAAUUUGAUUUUAUUUUUUCUUCAAUAAGAAAUUCAGGAAUAUAACGCAUUUUCUUAA